AUGGGAAUUCUGGGAGAAGAAGGAGCAAGUCCCCGCCCUCCGGAGAAUAAUUCACCACCGAAUAACAACCAAUCAAACCACGGAGGUGAUAGACGAACACAAGACAACAACAAUCAUCAGAACCAAUACCAAACUAAUAGGGGCCGAUAUAAUAAUUGGAACCAUCGACCACCACCAAAUGUUAUUCCAGACAAUCGUAAUAAUAAUUGGAAUCACAGACCAACACCAACCAAUAAUAAUAAUCAUAAUAACCACGGUGACGGGAGAAAUCCACAACAGAUCAAUCAAAUCACCGUGGAACGAAGCAAUGACGAAGUACCGGUAGCUAGUAAUAAAGUACCCAAUUCUUGA